AUUCACCUCUCGGUCGCGUGCGCUUCACGCAGCGGCUCAGUCAGUCCUCACACCACGCAUCUGAUUCUGAUCGCACCGCCGUCGGCCCACCGCUUCAGUUGGCAGUUGCGAGUGGCUCCAACAAUCCACCGGCACCAACCCAGCGCGGCGCCACCGGCGACCCGUACCCCCUCCCCCGGAGAGCGAUGGCGACGGAGCUGACGGCGGCGCAGCUGCGCGCGUACGACGGCACCGACCCGUCCAAGCCCAUCUACGUCUCCGUCCGGGGCAAGGUCUACGACGUCACCUCCGGCCGCGGCUUCUACGGCCCCGGCGGCGCCUACGCCGUCUUCGCGGGCCGCGAGGCCAGCCGCGCCCUCGGCAAGAUGUCCAAGGACGAGGCCGACGUCUCCGGGGACCUCUCCGGGCUCACCGACAAGGAGCUCGGCGUCCUCGCCGACUGGGAGAUCAAGUUCCAGGCCAAGUACCCCGUCGUCGCCCGACUCGCCGCCGACGCCUGAACUCGUCAGUCUCGGUCUAAAUUUACUCUGUCCUGCCUCUUGCGGUGUUCAGUGCUGUGCUUGCUUGCUUGUUGCUAGUUGCUUUGCUACCCAAUAAUCUGAAUGGAAGGACGUAUGUGAUGUGCCUGCUGAAUAGUUCCUAGUCCUUGCAUACACUGCUGUGCUACCACAUGACAUGAUGUACUCGUGUGUGUGCUUUGGUUGUUGUGUAAUUCCAUGACCAUGAUCAGUAAUCUGAAUAAAAAAUAUUGGAGAUGUGCUUGCUUCCUACAUAAUGGGAAUAAACUCUACCAUAUUCUUAAUGA